AUGACGGAACCGCGACGACUGCGAGGGCACAACGCCGCCGCCACUUGCUGUCUGGCUUCCCUCAGCCGUCCAGGCGUCAUUGCUACCGCCGCCGAGGAUGGCAUCGCGUGCUGGUAUGAUUUGCGGUGCAAGGAUGUGUUGUUUACGGCGAAUGUAGGGAAUGGAAGCCCUGUUUCAUCUUUAUGCUUUAAGCCUGGGAAUGAGGAUAUCAUCUAUGUUUCUGCAGGAAAUGAAGUCAAGUGCUUUGAUUUGCAUAUGAUAGCUUCAUGGAAGCAUCUAGGGUGUUACGACUAUAACAAGGAUGAAAUAAAUCAGAUUGCUUGCCACCCCAGAUCAUCUUUUCUAGCUGCUCCAGAUGAUGCUGGAGAUGUGAAGAUCAUUGAUAUCCACCAACGGUGCCUAUACAAAACAUUGAGAGCUGGCCACACGAGUAUUUGCAGCAGUGUUCAGUUUCUUCCUUGGAGAUCGUGGGAAGUAAUCACUGGGGGUUUUGAUUCGAAACUUGUCAUGUGGGACUUCUCCAAAGGACGUGCAAACAAAACUAUCGAUUUUGGCAGUGAGAAUGGAUCUGGACAGUGCUGUAACCCACCUUUCGUGCACUCAAUAGUCCUACCCGAACUUGAUAUGAUCGACAAAAUCGGCAAAAUCUGUGUUGCUGCCAGGGGAGAUGGCAUCGUCAGUAUAAUCAAUCUCGAUUUUCAAACCACCGCCAGCAAAUCAAAAAUUUCGUCAAAAACAAAGAAAAACCAAGCCGAUUGUGAAAGCACAAGCACAACAAACCAAAAUGAUAUUAGAGACCUGAAAUUGGACUACUCUAUUGGCGGACAUGUAGCUUCAGUAUCCUCCGUGGCCUUUUCCAUGUUUGGGGAGAAAGGAAAGUUUGUGAUUUCUGGUGGGAAUGAUAAAUCAGUGAAGAUUUGGGAUUGGUCGAAAGCUUUUGAUGCUGAUAUGGCUAGCAAUGAUGGUGGUGGUGACCCACUUGUGUGUUCAAACAUUAGUCUGAGGAGAAAGGUUAAUUGGCUCUGCACAACUCCCUCUGACUCGGAAAACUUGGUCGUUUGUGACACGUCCAAAGUGGUAAAGGUGUAUACAAUCGGGUAA